AUGGUUAUCCAGCCGUGCUUUGGAGUAAACAGCCCCAUUCACAAGACUCGACUCAAACCAUUGUACUCUGACGCUGCCUACUCCCUUCGCACGGACGCUAAUGGUGUUGCUCUCACUGACGAGGUCAAAACUAAACCCAAAAAGCAGGAAGCCUGUGCCUUCGCCCUCGCCAUUUCCAGCCACCCCCAGUACCAAUUCGUCACGGUCUACAUGAAACGGGCACAAUUGAACAUACGAGGAGGCGGGACUGGUAAAGCAACAUUAGUUUUUAUGGGGAAUUCACAGCCCGGCGUUCACCUGUCCUCGGUUGUUUUUGACAGCAGGUCAUCAGCGAGACAAAGCACUUACGUGAACUCAUACUCCUGGCCGAAGAAUUCUACCCUAGUGUAUAUUUUAUUAAUGCAUGAUUUUAUUGGAAACAGAAGUGGCCUGGCCACCUUCCAUUUGGAAAUCUCGCUCACGCCAACGUUUUUGUGUGUGCUUACUCAGUUCCAGGCCCAAGGCUCUUACACAAACCUUCUUAACCCCUACGAAUUAAGUUGGAGGAGCAUAAGUGAGAUGUUUCACCCUGGUUGGCUGGUCUGCACAUUACCUUGGGCCGCCAGUGAAGUCGGAUUAAGAUCACCCCACAGAUUCGUUGCUUAUUGUGUCGACUAUCGACUGAGCUGUGACCACGUUGUCAACUGUCCUCGAAACUCAAGGACUGCGAUCAGGGAUGGCCUUAGCUCUGUCUUCACGACUAGUGCUGAUGAAAGCUCAAGGGGUCUAGUGUGCUAUAGCCCUUCUGUCAACUGGCUGUUGGUAGCAAUAGUUUUAUUUAGCAUAAUUAAUACUGGACUAUUGUUUGCAAUUACUUACUUGGGAUUGUUGAGACGUUAUUCACCGAUUCGAUUUCUACGACUUCAGUCGGUUUGCAUUCGCUACGGGUGCUGCUGUUUACCUGCCACCUGGCGCACUCAAUUUGGUGGCGGUGUCCCAAUUUUCCGUCGAAAUUCCAUCAGUAGCAGCGACUCCGUGAUACCCUGGAGCCCUCCCACUUACGAGAGCGUAGAGCGAGCGGACACUGCAAACCUUGUGGGUGCUCGACAGACGCGUCAGUUCCGUUGGCGUCGUCAAAAGCCAGUUGCCUUCGCUGAAUCCGGUCACCAUCUGCCACCAUCGUAUACAGACGAAAAUGAAGAGAUUAGCGUUCUCCCCGAGGGAAUAAUCCAAAAGAUGAGGAGUCUGCGAAAAUCCCCCUCUAGACUCAGUGAGCGCGUCUGUAAACCCCCAAGACUAAAACCAUUGUCACAGCGCGCACGUCAGACGGUCCAUCGCACGACUCUCAGACAAGAGUUGAGAUUUGUCUUGAGGCAGGCUGUCUCACGAACCAGAGCCUUAAUAAACUCAGGUUUCCGGGUUAUGCGAGUUCAUCCAGCAAACCCUUCUACGACAACUCCAGAACAGAACGAGGCUGGUGUGUUAAGUGAUGGUGUAGAGGGAAGUUCAGUACCACAUUUGGCGCUGCCGAACUACUCUGAAUUUAUGAGCGGCGACUUCCCCAGGAUGGAGAAGGCCAGUGUAAUGCAUGCCCUGCGUUUCAAGAAUUCCGCACAACUCGGUGUCAGCGUACUAGAAAGCGUCGCCGGAAAAUCCCAGAGGCUAUUCCGUAUGGUUGUAGAAUGGGCGAUUGAGCAGAUUGGUAUGUUUAGGUCUGAGCUGUGGUAUGAUCGAGAAUCCCCAAUUCAUUACCAGAUGAAUAAGUCCUCUACUUCGCCACGAGCAUCACCCACUGUGAUAGUUGAUAAAAGAUCAUUCUGGUGCAGUUACUACGUUGACUACAGCGAGGUUAGCGAAAGUAGGGAUGAAGCUUCCAGCAUCUUCUCGUCGCUCAGUGACAAGCCGGGAUCAACUCGGAUUUCAUCUCGAGUCCUUUGGACUUUCUACUGCCUCAGCUACUUUUCCGGAGUCUUGUGA